ACGACAGUUUUGUCUUUAGAUGUAGUUUGAGCUCGUUAUAAACAGGCGGGAAAUCAGAAGAGAACAAAGCACCCUAAACAAACAUUACUGGAAUAAUGUCUGCGGUUAUGUAUGAUGUGAUCAGCCCAGAGAGUCUGGAAUUAGGUGUAGGAGAGAGAGAGGAGAUGAUGGUGGACUUCUAUCAAGAUUUAGAUGCUGUAAGAAAUGAUGAAGUGAUGAUGAACACAGAGAGACAGCAAGCGCUUCAACAUACAGGAAGAGUCUCAGUGAAGAACAGAAGACACAGAUCAGUUCAAGUGUGUUUGUGUUUACUGUCUGUUCUUCUGUUCACUGCUGUAAUAGUCAUCUUUGUCUAUUUCAACAAUGAGAGAAAACAACUAACACACAACUACUUAACUAAAGAAAAUGAGAAAUUCAGAAACAAGAGUGAUGAACUCCAAACUGCCGUACAAGAGAAGAGACUGCUAAUUCUCCAGAUCGAUAACUUAACCAAAGAAAGAGAUGAGUUACUUACAAACAAUACAAACCUGCUAAAUGAGAUAAACCAAUGCCAAAACAAGACCAGAAGUCAGUCCGAAGAACGAGGGAAGUUAAUUAAUGAAAAAGAAAAAUGUAAGAAAUGGUUUACUGAACAAGAUCAGCGGUCUGAUAACUUCAAGUGGAUUUACUACAACUUCAGUUGUUAUUAUAUUUCAUCUGAGUGGAGAAGCUGGAGUGACAGCAGACAAGACUGUGAACAGAGAGGAGCAAAUCUGGUGAUUAUAAACAACAAAGAGGAACAAGAGUUUUUGAAGAAGGCUACAGGUGCCUCAAAUUUUUGGAUUGGUCUGAGUAAAGAUGGAGCGGUGUGGAAAUGGAUUGAUGGCACCACAUUGACAUUAAGUUUCUGGAUGGAUAAAUACCCCAUAUCUUCCAGUCAUAAGUGUGCUCUAACAUCUGUAUCAGGGUGGUCUCAUUAUUCAUGUGAUUAUACUCAGUAUAGAUGGAUCUGUGAGAGGAGGAUUUUACAGUGAAAUACAAUACAACUCAUGAAAUAUCACACCAGUACCAGCUUGUUUAGUAAUAAUGUUUGUUAAUUGUUUAUUAUUAUACAAUACUACUGUUAACACAGUAAAAUCUAACUUUUUUAUUUUAAUUGUUUAAUGUUGUUUUCAGUUCUGUCUGUAUACUUUGGUCUAAUAUUUUGACUGUAAAAUAUAGAGUGGUAAUCUGGUUGUGUAAAUAGAUUAUAUAACUUCUGUACAUGUAGGUUUUAAAGGCAUACAGUUUGUGUUGACCUGUAAAUGUUACACAGUGUUGAGGAUGAAGAGCCCUUAGAAAAUAUAUAUUUGUAU